AUGAGGCGGAAGGAGAAGAGGCUUCUGCAGGCGGUGGCGCUGGUGCUGGCGGCCCUGGUCCUCCUGCCCCACCUGGGUCUCUGGGCGUUAUACCGCGAGCGGCAGCCCGACGGCACCCCGGGAGGAUCCCGGGAGGUGGUGGCCCCGGAGGCCCGACAGGGCUCACCCAGUCAUCGAAAGAAGACAGUUUCCUUGGGAGAUGGGCAGAAGCUGAAGGACUGGCACGACAAGGAGGCCAUCAGGAGGGACGCUCAGCGUGUAGGAAAUGGAGAACAAGGGAGACCUUACCCCCUGACCGAUGCUGAGAGAGUGGAUCAGGCAUACCGAGAAAAUGGAUUUAACAUCUACGUCAGCGAUAAAAUCGCCCUGAAUCGCUCUCUCCCUGAUAUCCGGCACCCAAACUGCAACCACAAAACCUACCUGGAGACACUCCCCAACACAAGCAUCAUCAUCCCCUUCCACAACGAGGGCUGGUCCUCCCUCCUCCGCACUGUCCACAGCGUGCUGAACCGCUCGCCCCCGGAACUCAUUGCCGAGAUUGUGCUGGUCGAUGACUUCAGUGACCGAGAGCACCUGAAGAAGCCACUUGAAGACCACAUGGCCUUUUUCCCCAGUGUGAGGAUUCUCCGAACCAAGAAACGGGAAGGACUGAUAAGGACUCGGAUGCUGGGGGCCUCGGUGGCAACUGGGGACGUCAUCACAUUCUUAGACUCACACUGUGAAGCCAACGUCAACUGGCUGCCCCCCUUGCUCGACCGCAUCGCCCGGAACCGCAAGACCAUCGUGUGCCCAAUGAUCGACGUGAUUGAUCACGAUGACUUCAGGUACGAGACGCAGGCAGGGGAUGCCAUGCGGGGCGCCUUUGACUGGGAGAUGUACUACAAGCGGAUCCCGAUCCCUCCAGAACUGCAAAAGGCUGACCCCAGCGACCCAUUUGAGUCUCCUGUGAUGGCCGGUGGACUUUUCGCUGUGGAUCGGAAGUGGUUCUGGGAGCUGGGCGGGUAUGACCCAGGCUUGGAGAUCUGGGGAGGGGAGCAGUACGAAAUCUCGUUCAAGGUGUGGAUGUGUGGGGGCCGCAUGGAGGACAUCCCCUGCUCCAGGGUAGGCCAUAUCUACAGGAAGUACGUGCCCUACAAGGUCCCUGCCGGAGUCAGCCUGGCCCGGAACCUCAAGCGCGUGGCGGAGGUGUGGAUGGACGAGUACGCCGAGUACAUCUACCAGCGCCGGCCCGAGUACCGCCACCUCUCCGCCGGGGACGUCGCAGCCCAGAAAAAGCUCCGCAGCUCCCUGGACUGCAAGAGUUUCCGGUGGUUUAUGACCAAGAUCGCCUGGGACCUGCCCAAAUUCUACCCGCCCGUGGAGCUCCCGGCUGCAGCUUGGGGAGAUAUCCGCAAUGUGGGCACGGGGCUGUGUGCAGACACGAAGCACGGAGCACUGGGCUCCCCGCUGAGGCUGGAGGGCUGCAUCCGGGGCCGCGGGGAGGCCGCCUGGAACAACAUGCAGGUGUUCACAUUCACCUGGAGAGAGGACAUCCGGCCUGGAGACCCCCAGCACACCAAGAAGUUCUGCUUUGAUGCCAUCUCCCACACCAGCCCAGUCACCCUCUAUGACUGCCACAGCAUGAAGGGCAACCAGCUGUGGAAAUACCGGAAAGACAAGACCCUGUACCACCCCGUCAGUGGCAGUUGCAUGGACUGCAGUGAGAGUGACCACAGGAUCUUCAUGAAUACCUGCAAUCCCUCCUCUCUCACCCAGCAGUGGCUGUUUGAACACACCAACUCAACAGUCUUGGAAAAAUUCAAUAUAAACUGAGUCCUCCCAUCCCCUUGGCAGGCCUGGCGGGGUCCCCUCCUUCCCCACCCCACCACCCAGCACCCACUGCAGCCUUCCUUUCCCGAGGGAAGCAAGGCCUCCCUGAGCGCCCCAGGUAAAAGGUGCUGGCCAAAUGGUUCGGGGCAAAGAAGGCCCUUGCAGCCACACUUCUCAGACCUUCCAAAGCCGGAGCAAGGUGUCUGCAUGGUCCUACAGCCCCUGAGUCUUGGGAGUGGUGUGGGGUCAGCCCCUAUGAGGGGCCUCAGGAGAAAGCAGAGACUGCUUUAACCCCUGCUGGUAUCAUGGGAACCCAGAAGGGCCUUUGCAACUUUGUCACAAUGCCCCCUUGAGCAUCCUGCUGGAGGAACGCAGGGCAGUCUAGUGCUGCCCCAAAAUGAGUGCUGGGUGAUUGCCCACUCCUCAGGUGGCUACUGUCCAUGAAGAUCCUUUAGAAAGAUAAACAAAUUGUGCCCGUUUGGGGCAGCUUUUAAUAGCACUGAUGCCACUCAUCCACAGGAGAAGGGAAAGAAGUCUUUCUUGAGGCCACUUGUUUCAGCCUUUAGUUUCUGUCUGUUCCAGGGGUGACUGCCAUCUGCCAUUCCUGCCCAGCUUCUGUUCUCUGUCAGUCCCAGUGGUUCAGUCGAAGGCCGUACCUGGGGCUCUCGGAGCAUUUGGUACUGACCACUGGCCAGCUGCUAGGCAUGAGGCCAGAAGAGGGAUCCCAAGAUAUUCCUUUGCAGCCAUGGACAUAUGGGAUGUCUUCCCCCUGGUCUCUGGGCAUUUGAGUUGCCCAUGAAAGUUCUCUCCAGGCGCAAGGACAGCCCGGCCACCAGCUUUUCAUGGAUGUAUUUCAGAUGCCCUUGGGCCUGUGGAAAAGGCCUAGUAGAAGACCUCCAAAUAAGAAAUGCUGGCUGAAUUUCCCUGAUCCAUGCUUCCAUUUGCCUCUCUCUCUCCCAGGCAAUUAAUUACCUGCCUGAAGAGAGGAAUAGGGGUGCUCAUCUCACAAAGUCCAGAGACCUCCAGGGCAAAGUGCCAACCCUCUGACCUCAUUAUGGUUUUAGUUCUCAGUAUAGAACUCAAGAAUUUGUUAAAGAUCUCUACAGUUUGAUCACAGACUCUAGAAUGCUACAUAGGAAUCUGGCGGUCUAGCACCCAGUAUAGAUUUCUAGAAUUCUGUGAUUAAAGCAGCCAGCCAGGUGUAAUACAGUCAAGGCAGCCCAGCCUAGAGACAAUCUGUGAAAUCCCAGGUUGGUGAUGUUGGUGGGUGGGGCAGGGGCACCUGUGUGUCCAUCAGCUUGUACCAGAGGCUGAAACGGGCCUCAGAGAAGACCAGAAGCCCCAAGUCCUUUCCACUGCGUCACAGCUACAGUCUCAUUUGCAGCGGAGGAAAGAACCCAAUGCCCCACGACCAGAUACACACCCAGCUCCAUGCCAGUCCUUCAUGUUUACCUUUUGCUUCGUUAAUUAUGCAUCAGAUGCCCAAAGGGUUCCCAAACUAAUAGAAGGCAUUUCUGUAACCAGCCUGCCACCCACUGAAUCAGAAAUAGAAACAUUCCACAGCUUACAGCUUCCACCAGAUAGAACAGGAAGUGCUCAGUAUUCCAAUUAGAGUUGGGUCUCUCAAUUGUGUCAUUUACCAAUUAACUGAGAUAUAAAUCUGGGAACAGAGCCACGAAUCUGCCUUUGAGAUGCUGGCUGAUCUCAAGGCCAUCAGUUGUCAGGAAGAGUGGAGUAGGGCAGGGGGAGUAAACACUCCCAAGCACCACCACCACCACCCUGAUUAAACAUGUAGCUGGGAAAGGUUCGCUUCCACUUCUGCCCCAGCACAGCCGUGCUCUGGCCAGGAGAGGCAGCCCCUGUGCUCACGAAGCUUGCUUGUUGAUCUUCAGUGUCUUCUUCCAACCAAGUGCUCUGUCUUUAAAAGUGGCCCUCUAUAGGAAGGAGUCCAAAGAUAAGGCCCCUUCUAGAAUCCAGAAUAACAAGAGGGUGGCAGUUUGGAGAGCUGAGUUAGUAUUCAUCACCGGAGAGCAAUGCAGCAUCAUUAAAAUUAAAAACUGUGCCUUUUAAAAAAAAAAUGCAAAUGUACAGCAAAUCCCUAAACUUGAAUCAUUUCCUAGUGCCUUGCUAGACAAACAAAAGGGCAGGGUUGGGGGGAGGGGAACAUUUUUGGUGGUGUGUGCAGUUGCUAUUGAAUGAGUGUGUUUCUUAAUGUCUAAUUUAAAGCAGGAGAUGUUGGGCCCAGAGCAGGAUCUGAGACUGAGAUGCCCCCGAGUCCAGAAGCCAAAGUUGUUUCAAUUAGUGCGAGUAAGACUCCAAAUUUAAAAGGCAGCUGGAUAGCUUGUUUAGUCCAGAGCCUAGAAAAGCCUCAGCAGCCCUUAGGAGAAGGUCCUGUAUUACCUCACUGAGCCCUGUUUGGGGACCAUCCUGGUGGUCCCCCAUCCCAGCCCCCAAACAGAGCACUUGUCCUGUCCUCGCUAUGGGGAGUAAGGAGUGGGGAGCACAGGCUAGACUUCCAAAUGGCCCCGCUCCCGAUGGGCAGCAGAGUGUUCUCAGCAAGACCGGGUUUCCUGUGGCAAGCAGGAGCAGCCAACAAGCAGUCCUCAGCUGUCCUUUUUCCCGUCCUUUGUUUCUUCUUUCAAGUCUGGUUUUGCACCCUCAACAAGGCGAGGGGCAGCUGCUCUGAGCACUCUGGCGUUUGCCAUUGCUGAGCCCACAGACCAUCAGCAGGUCCUGGGACUUGACAAAGUGUGGAAUAGGGGAAGGAAGAAAGGAAUUUCUGUGAUUAACUGACCUAUCAACCUAUUGGAAAUACCAAGCCACUCUCAUUAUUUUGGCCUCAUUUUUUAAAACUGCUAGUCUCAAGGAUUCAGCUUCCUGCUUUCACCCCAGCUGAUGCUCAGCAGAGCUCAGCCAGGAACUUGUGGAGCUGUGGUCAGCCAGAAGGCCAGUGGGUGAGAAUGUGGGCCCCUUUCCCACUGACGCCUUUAUUCUGAGGAUGAGGUCAUAAAACAGGGAAUGGCUUGAAAGUAUCAUGACUCUGUCGCCCACAAGCAGCCUUUCCAAGGGGGCGCUCCAGAAAACAUUUCUGAAUGCAAAGACCAUCUUUGGUGUAAGUAUAAUGCCUCUGGAGGUGGCUAAAUCUACAGGCACAUUUGUGAAAAGCCAUUCCACCUUGUGCUUCCAAUGGAGUCUGUGCUAGGUGGUCCUUUUCAAUUCUGAAAACGAUCCAAAAACUAUUGUUUCUCCCCUUUAAGAAGAAACAGACCAGAGGCAGAGGGGGGUACAUCAGCAAAAGAGAGCUGAUGC